AUGGACCAGAUCAUUCAACAAUAUCUACGGGAUAUUAUCAACGAGCAGGGUUACAGACCUCAUUCGGCUAGAUCAGCCUACUACAUUCAGCCGCAAUAUCCAUUUGGCACUGGGUACAGAAGGGGAUAUCCGCAGGUGCCGGUGUAUUACCCAUACGAGGAAUAUGAAGACGACGCGGAUGCUGCUGAGGAUGAAAGCUCCAAUGAUGAUGAGAGUGCUCAAUAUAGGCUAGAAGAUUUAAUUGGUCCAUAUUUUACGAGAAAGCUCACCAGACCUGGAAAGAGAGACGGACAGUUCGUUGUCAAACAGAGCUCGCAAACGCCUAGGGAGAAAAGUUCCAGAGACGCAGCUGCAGCCCCUACAGGCAAGAUAGCUCCACCGUCAGCAGCUGAACAGCAGCAGGUUUCAGAAACUUCUCCAAAGGAACCAAAAUUGAAGAGAAGAAGCUCGACCACGCUCAAUAUGCACGCUAAACAUAACGAACCAAAGAUCGAUCCCCUUCAGAUCUCUGCACCGCAGUUGAAGACUAAUUUACCCUUCUCUCCGGCUGUCAAUGUUUACGACUUCCCUGAUAAUUACAUCAUUGCCCUAGCUUUGCCAGGUGUGUCCAAAGAGUUUGUUGAUAUUGAGUUCCAUCCUACGUCUUCGGAGCUAGUUGUGAAAGGUGAGCUGAAAAACAAGUAUUUAUCCGACGACUCCACGGUGGAUAAUUCCAAGAUCCUGCGGGUUUCUGAGCAGCGCUUCGGCUCAUUUGAGCGGGUGAUCAAGCUACCGUCAGUUCCUGACGUGAAAGAAGAAGCCAUCAGUGCUAAAUUUCAAUUAGGUAUGCUGGAAAUCAAGGUUCCGAAGUUGAAGGAUUCUGAGAAGUUCAGAAAACCAAGGAAGAUCACCCUUGAAGAGAUUCCAGAUGAGGAGCUGGAAAGAGAAAGUCAAAACUCGUAA